AUGACGACACCAACAGAGGUAGAGGUUAUGGUAAACUACGGUGCACGUCUAGAGGGUCCUCUCGAUAUGGUAAUGCUUCCUAUGACGGUGAAAGACUCAUCUAAGAGGCGUGUUGACGUCAUCGUGGUGCAGCCUUGGAUGAGUCGACUCAACUUCGUACAACCGGGCUUUCGGAUCGUCUUCACAAGCCUUCUGGCGGCCUCUAAGGAUGCCUACGACUUGAAGUUCAGUCGGGAAGAUUUUACUGAAGAUUUUUUCCGAGUUGCAGGAGACGUUGAAAUUUCUGACGGCAAGAAGUCGCGAAAACGAGACUCUUCUGGUCAACCUGUUGAUGUGACAGACUACGGUGUUGUGGUAUUCACUAAGAAUGGCGAUGUUAAAGAUGAGGAUGGUAGGGAGAAGCUAAAUCGUUGA